GACAAAGACAAUCUAAUGUACUUACAUUGAUAUGCACGUUAACAUUCACCUCACUUCAAACUUUCAGAUUUAAAAUGAAAUGAAAAUCUACGCAAUGAAAACACAGUAGAAGAACAGAAACUAACUUUUCAUAUAUGAGGGACUGCUUCCCUCUUUAUUUGCUGUUGCAAUGUAAUGAAGUGCAUGAAUUUAAUUCAUUCACAACCUUUACGUUUUGGUUUAUUUGUUGUGGAGGGUGCGGAGACACUGGAAAAAUACAAGAAAACUGUUGGUAGAAAUUAAUUCCAUUAUGUCAGGGUUAAACUGUUUAAUAUGCCUCACAGACCCCAUUCCUGCUCUCAGCCGCCCACUUCCUAGAGCUGAAGAGGGGGUGUGUCGGGACAGUGCUGGUAUGCAGAGACCACCAAUGCAAUGUCCAGGGCUGUGAUUGACAACUCCAGGCCUGCCCCUCCACUCUGUUCUGGUCGUCCGCUCGUAUCCUGCCUCCAACACACAGAUCACAGUUGUGGUCACGUACAGCACCUCGGGAUGUCCAGAGGGGGCAGUGAAGACCUUAUCUUCGACCCCUCGACCCCUGACCCCUGACUUGGGGACACUACUGAGGGCAACGUGACCAUGGCCCUCUUCUGCUGUCUCCGCGCAUUCUUCACAAGGACAAGAGUUUUAUCCUUCCCAUGGACCCAGGCAUUUUCAGAACAUGAGGCGAAAGAAGCGUGUGAUUGGCUUCGAGCAGCUGGAUUUCCGCAAUAUGCACAUCUCUAUGAAGAUGGCCUGCUGCCCAUUGACAUUUCCUCUGUCAAAAAAGACCACGAUUUUCUGGACCAGGAUUCACUGAAAUCGCUUUGUAGGAGGCUGACAGCGCUGAACAAGUGUGCGUCCAUGAAGUUGGAAGUCCACUUUCAGCGGAAAGAGAGUGAGGAUUCGGAAGAGGAUGAUCUAUGUGCAAUCAGCGAUCGGUGGGCAUUCCAGCGGGACAGUAAAAGAUGGUCCCGAUUGGGUGCCCUCUCGUACCCCUCCCCUUCCCCCUCCCCGGGGGUAGAGCAUGCCCAGACCUCCGAGGGGGAGUGGGGCAGCAGGGAGAGCGUUCUGAGUGACCUCAGCGACCUGGGCGCGGCCUCGUCGCAUAGCAACAGCAGCCUGGGCAUGCAGAGCGCCCGCAUCACUUCCUCCAGCUCGACGGUCGCCUCCUCCUCGCACAGCGACCCGCCCCCCGCCGAAGCUCCGCCCCCUGGACGCGCUCGCCCCAAGAGGCGCACCAGGAGCUUCCUGCGCAGGAUCGAGUCCUUCCGCCGCAAGGAGAGGGAGAGCGGGAGCGAGAGGGCGGCUGCCGAUGCUCAGGAUACGCCCCCUGCCACCGGAGCGGACACGCCCCCUCCCGCCAGUCUGGCCUGCACGGCUGGUGACAGGCUGCCCGGAGGCGGGGGGAGGAGCCGGUCGCCUUUCGCGCGGCGGGCGCUGACCCUGGGGAGGGCCUCGACCGCGAACGGGCCAAACGGCACUGGGCGUUGGGGGAGGGCCCAGAGUGGUGGGUUUUGUCUGGAGGAUUUCCAGGUUCCGCCGAGCUCCUCCGAUUCGCCGGAGCAGAGGGGGAGGGAUCGGCGGGCGAAAGUGGUGCACCUCCCCCCGGACCACAAGCCCGGUACCUUCCCCAGGUCCCUGUCUGUGGAGAGCUUGUGUCCCCCUAGUCCUGGCGAGGAACUGGAGGGGGCGUGGCGGGUGGGUGGAGCCUCGCUCGAUGAUGCGUGCGUCGGCGGGGCCGAGUCCGCUGAUUCGCCGGGGUUGACUGGCUGGAGACGGGGCUCCUGCGACUCGGAGGGGAGCGUUUACGACAACAUUCCGGAGCCCCCCCUGGGCGGGGCCCCCCAGGACAUCUCCCAGCACCUGGACGACAUCCUGCAGCAUGUCCAGGGGAUCCAGCACAGCCUCCACAUGUGGUCCCGCAAGAUCUGCCCCGAGAUGGAGGACGAGGAGGAGGGGGAAGACGAGGAAGAGGAGGGCAGCCUCAUCUCGGGCGGGACGGUGGAGACGGUCUGCACCCCGAGCCUGCGUUUCGAGGAGCACUCCAUAUCGGACGUGGGCACGGCGGCCAGCGACGUGGACAGCACGGGAAACUCGCUGAACGAGGGCGAGGAGCAUGAGGACAUGAGGGAGCGGCGGGAUUCAGGAGUGGGAGCCUCUCUGACCAGGCCCAACAGGAAGCUGCGCUGGCACAGCUUCCAGAACUCGCACAGGCCCAGCCUGACGUCUGCGUCUCUGGAGAUCAACCGGCAGGCGGCUGCGCAGCUCAACCUGCUGCAGAAGUUCUCCCUGCUCAGGCUCACCGCCACCAUGGAGCGCUACUCCGUCCCCAGCAAGCAAGGCUGGAGCUGGACCGUACCGAAGUUCAUGAAGAGGAGCAAAGCCCCGGAUUACAGAGAUAAGAACGUGUUUGGGGUGCCCCCGCUGGUGAACGUGCAGCGGAGCGGGCAGCCCCUCCCCCAGAGCAUCCAGCAGGCCAUGCGCUACCUCCGCAGCCGGUGCCGCGACCAGGUCGGAAUAUUCCGGAAGUCGGGGGUGAAGUCCCGGAUCCAGGCGCUGAGAAGACUGAACGAGGCUUCCCCGGAUCACGUGGACUACGAAGGCCAGUCCGCCUACGACGUGGCUGACAUGCUGAAGCAGUACUUCCGGGACCUUCCGGAGCCUGUGUUCACCGCCAAGCUCACAGAGACGUUCCUGCAAAUUUACCAAUGGGUUCCUAAGGAGCAGCAGCUGCAGGCCGCCCAGGCUGCGGUCAUCCUGCUGCCGGACGAGAGCAGGGAGGUGCUGCAGACCCUGCUGUACUUCCUGAGUGACAUCGCCUCCGCCCUGGGCAACCAGAUGACUGCGGGGAACCUGGCUGUGUGCCUGGCGCCCUCCAUCUUCCACCUCAACGUCUCCAAGAAGGAGGGCAGCUCACCCAGACUGAUUCACGGGAGGAACACGACCAACAAACCGGAUCACAGAGAUCUGAAUGAGAACAUGGCCGCCACGCACGGGCUCGGUCACAUGAUUGUGGAGUGCAAGAAACUUUUUCAGAUCCCCCCCGACAUGAUGCUGCAGUCCCGGAACUCGUACCUGGCGGCGGACACCCACCCCCUCCCCCUCCACGGGCUGGGCAUCAACCUGAAGGGCGAGCCGGUGGAUUACCGGGCCUUCCUGGAGGACAGCAUCCAGUGCCUCCUGCGGGAGAUGGCGGAGAAGAGCCGCGGUUGGCACAGCGCCACCGCGCCCAGCAACACUGAGCUGGCGUACAAGAAGGUGGGAGACAGGCCGCCCAUUCGCCUGUGGAGGUCCUCGACUGAGAUCGAGGCCGCCCCCACCGCCGUGCUGCACAGAGUUCUGCGUGAGCGCCACCUGUGGGACGACGACCUGCUGCACAGCCGAGUGAUCGAGGCCCUGGAGAGCAACACGGAGGUCUUCCACUAUGUGACGGACAGCAUGGCGCCCCACCCCCGCAGGGACUUUGUGGUUCUGAGGAGGUGGCGCAGUGACCUCCCGCGGGGGGCGUGUCUGCUGGUGUCCUCGUCCGUGGACCACGAUGCAGCGCGGCUGGAGGCGGGGCUUCAGGCGCUGCUGCUCACGUCCCGCUGGCUGAUCGAGCCCGUCGGGCCUGGCCGGUCCCGUCUCACUCACUACUGUCGGGCUGACCUGAGGGGUCGUUCUCCCGAGUGGUAUAAUAAGGUCUUCGGACAUCUCUGCGCGGUGGAGGUUGCUAGGAUACGGGAUUCCUUCCCGGUUUUCGUCCAGGGGCAGGAGGCGAGGCUGUAGAGCUCUUGUCAUUCACCCGGGGCUUUUUCUCACGCAAUCAUAUGCCCCGUGUGCCGUUCUCACCAUAGAGGUGUGGGGUCCCCAUGGGUGGGAAUGAGACAGUGUCCUCACUGUCUCAAUGGUCAGAUAUAGCCAGUGGCCCCACGACCAAGUGAAAAGAACAUCACAAAAUGUUUGAUUUCAUCUUUGAUGAAAGAACAUCGAAGAACUUUAAUGAGGAUUUUUGGCAUUGUGUCUGCCAGGUUUGCCAGGACUCUUGGACCGAACGUCUGCGGGUAUAUGAAGUAAAGAGUGGAGAGUUGAAAAAGCAUGUGAUGGAAGGAUGGGAAAAAAGAGGAAAAUAUGCAUAGAAGGCUGAGGAUAUGAAUGUGAAAAGAAGUGGUUUUAAUGUGUUGGUCCUAAAAUGGAGGAUGACUGAGGGAUUUUGCUGUGUGAGGGGGAUCGUGGGAAAGCCUGGUGGAGCACAGGGAGACAGGGCUGUGUGCUAUUGCGAGAUCCGAAAACAGACCGAUCUGGAGCCUGUGUUUCUGAUGCACCCCAGAGUAAGCGUGUGGAAUGAGUAUCAGUUUUUUUCUUUUUAGCUCUUAAUGGAUACAGUUAGGAUAUGGACAGGUUUCGUCCGGGUCCGUAUUUAUACGGUAUCUCAUAGUUGGGUUGUUCUAGGAUUGUUUUUGCCUUUUAGCUCAUGGUGGAUAAGAAUACAGACAGGGGAGACCAGAUAUUAGAUCAGCACUCCUGGGGCCUAAUUAUAAAAAUAUUCUUGAACUUAAACUUAAUCUUAAGGUCAUUUCCCAAGUUGUGCUUACGCUUCAUUUAUAAAAAUUAAGACCAAGGCAAGUUGCUUUCAUUUAAAGGCAUAUUAUGCAGGAUUUUUAAAGUCUGUGUUUACAAUCAAAGAAGUCAAAUCUUCAACCCCGCCCACUCACCCCUGAGCACCAAACCGAGUCUCAGACAUUCAAAUUCAUUAGACACUAUUGGUACAUUUCUCAGACCAGACCAGACAUUAGGCUACAUUGUCUGGUUGGGACCACAAACCAGGCAUGCACAAAUAAUUUGAAAAUAAUUAAUGUUCUGGUCAAAAACUGGACAUCUGGGAACCAUAGCUGCAUAGUGUAACAUCAACAUUACUUGCAUGUCCAACAGAAAACAGGCCAACUCCACAUUGCUUUUCAUCCCCUUGGCAAACUUCAGCUGAGGCCACUGAGGAAAAACAAUUCCAACGUUACAGUAACUCUAGUUGUUGAAUGAGCCCUGUCGCCUUGUCUUUUUGCUUUGCUGUAUCUGGCCCAUUAUAGUGGCUAGCUAGCUAU